AUGAUCAAAAACGAAACAGCAACAACGAUGAGUGGAUCUCAUUCAUCAUUAUCAAUUAGUAACGAUAAGAAACCAACAAUGAAAGAAAUCGAUGCGUUACCUACACAUCCGGUACAAUUUACAGCUGAAUAUUUACUUGCAUGCCUUGAACCAAUUAUUCAAAAAAUGAUUGAUUCUGAAGAGUCGCAUCCAUUUCGUCAACCAGUCGAUCCAGGUGCACUUAAUGCGACUAAUUAUUCAACAAUAAUUAAACAUCCCAUGGAUAUAUCAACCAUGCAUAGUAAAUUGUUACAUGGAGAAUAUAAAAAUCCAUUGCAAUUCUGUGAUGAUGCGUGGCUUAUGUUUGAUUAUGCAUGGCGUUAUAAUAGCAGAUCAAUGAAGAUCUAUAAAAUGUGUCAACGACUAGCGAAAUUAUUUGUUGAAUCUAUUAAUCCUGUUUUACAAUCAUCAGGCUAUUGUUGUGCUGAUCGAUAUGCAUAUUUUCCAAAAGUUUUCGUUUGUUGUGGAAUGCGGCAAUUUUGCGAAAUUCGAUGCGGCGCUAAUUAUUAUUCUUAUAAAAAUCCUGAACCAUCACGAUUAAAUCUAUCCAAUAAUCAAUACAGGUUUUGUUUUGUAUGUUUUAAUUCGAUUCAAAGCGAAUCAAUAUUUGUCGGCGACGAUCCAACUCAAACAUUAGUUGAAAUACCAAAAAACUUAUUUCUAUCGGCUAUCAACGAUGUACUAGAACCUGAAAUAAUGGUUGAUUGUAUUGUUUGUAAACGUCGUUGGCAUCAAGUAUGUGCAUUACAUUGCGAUCAAAUCUGGCCCGAUGGUUUUAUAUGUAAUACAUGCGUACGUGAAUAUAAUCUGCCACGUAAAGAAAAUUGUCAUAAAGCAGAAAAUUUGCCACCAACUGAUUUAUCAUCACAAUUAGAAAGUCGUGUUAAUAAAUUUUUACUUGAUAAAAAUUGCCAUGAAGGUCGCGUAACGAUUCGGGUAUUACAUUCUGGCGAUAAAAUCUGUCACGUAAACCCAAAAUCCAAAAGAUAUUUUUCAAAUCAAGUAGCAAAUGAUGGUUUUCCAUAUCGAACAAAAACUAUAUUUGCUUUUCAAGAAAUCGACGGUGCCGAAGUUGCUUUCUUCGGUAUGUAUGUACAAGAAUAUGAUGAACAUUGUCCUGCACCAAAUACACGUCGUGUUUACAUAUCAAUUUUUGAUACGGUACGUUUUUUUCGACCAAACCUUUAUCGUCAGGAUGUUUAUCACGAAAUCUUAAUUGGCUAUUUGGAUUAUGUUAAACAACGUGGCUAUAUGUAUGCUCAUAUGUGGGCUUGCCCAGCAAUUGAAAAUUAUGAUUAUAUAUUUUUUCGCCACCCGCCUGAGCAACGUCUGCCGAAGGUAAAACGGCUACAAAAUUGGUGUAAAAAAAUGCUUGACCGAGCCAUGGAAGAAGAUGUUGUUAUUGAUUAUAAGGACAUUUUGGAAGAUUGUUUGGAUAACGAAAUACAAGCCAUUUUUGAUAUUCCUUAUUUCGUGGGUGAUUUUUGGCCGACUACAAUUGAAGCAACUAUUAAAGAACUUGAUCAACAAGAUGAAGACUCAGAUUAUCCUAUUGAAUCAGAAAUUUCCAAUAAACGUAAAUGUGCAAAUGCGGAUGAAAACAAAAGUUUAAAGAGAACGAAAACUCGAGAAGAACUAGGAAAAAGUCAAAUGCCACCUUGUACUGAUUUAAAAUCUAAAAUAUUUUCAAUUAUGAAACGAAUCAAAGAGGCAUUCUUUGUUAUUUAUCUUCAUAAUCCAAUGAAAACAUCUCCUCCAGCAGUCAACGAUGCUGAUACUCCAAUUGAGUGUGAUUUAAUGGAUACGCGAGAUGCAUUUUUAAGCUUUUCCUGUGAUAAAAAUUUGGAAUUUUCUUCAUUACGUCGUGCAAAAUUUUCAACCAUGGCGUUUCUGUCUGAAAUACAUGUAUCAAAAACAGAGAACUCUAUAUAUAAUUGUAAUAAUUGUCGGCAACAAUGUGAUGUCCGUUAUCAUUGUACAAGAUGUGAAGAUUUUGAUCUCUGUGAAAAAUGUUUUAAUAUUGAACCAAAACAUGAACAUAAAAUGGAAUGCUCAGUUCCAUCUAUAGUUGACGUUAACCAAGAUGAUAAAUCCAAUCCAUUAAAUAAUGUAUAA